AAUGAUCCUAAUGUUAUUCGCCAAUAUCUUAUGCAAAUACUAAUCAUUUCUUCCCCUUAUCCAAACUCCAGAGUGCUGUUGCUGUGAUCAGCUCUGCCUUGAUGCUCCUGAUGAAAUUCCGACAUGCCAGCGAUGGAAAUAUGUCAACGGGCAACCGGCCGGCAAGGUAGUGGUCGCAGCAUUCUUUUUUUUUUUUUUUUUCCAUCGCUGACCUAUGCGUAUUUCAUUGAGUGGUCGCAAGGGCUCAAAAAUCAGCUACUCCAUGAAAACCGUGUAUAACAGCCAUAUAUCGAAGUAUUGUGGUGGUACACCUUGAAUUUCUUAAGAGAGAAUUCGUCAAGUCUCUUUGUUAAAUUUCUUUCCCCUUCAUCUUUUCUAGUCUCUGCCCAAGAAGUUGUAUUAUCACAGCCAGGCUAUUUCAGUUUAGGUUUGUUGACAAUAAAUUAAAAAGAUCGGGUGGGAGCUAGCCACGGCAACCACUUCAUACUUAACCUGACCGAUCGAAUCCAUAUAUCCCAGAAACCACAUAUUCUAACCAAUCUCUUCACUGCUAGUGAAUAGUAGAACCUUUGGGAGAUGGGUUAUAUUAGUACUACCAUACAGCCACCUGUAAAUUAUGUGCAGUUGUUCAUCCUCUUUGCCUUGCUCGUAUUCAUCUCAGCAUCAGUAAGUGUCGAUAACUGCACGGUAUCAGGCUGCAAGGAUCAUGGUAAUGGCCCUUCCGUCCGAUUUCCAUUCUGGCUAAGAGGGCGACAGCCCGAUCACUGUGGCUAUCCUGGGUUCGAGCUGUCUUGUUCCGAAAACAAAGAAACAGUUCUGAAUCUACCGUUUUCAGGAAUCUUCUUCGUAAAAGCCAUUGAUUACAGAUCCCAAGUGAUAGAGAUUUAUGAUCCCCAUGGUUGCAUCGUUAAACGGCUUCUAAACCUCAAUUUCUCAUCAUCUCCUUUCCAACGGCGGUAUGAAUAUGUUAAAAGCUACUCUUUAUUCAAUUGCUCGGCCACAGAAUCAGGAAAUGGAGUGUAUCCGAUCAAUUGCCUACGAGUCUCUGCGGCUCACCCAGUUUAUGCCGUUGAUUCCACUAGGUCGAUGAACUUCCUGCCGCCUUUAUCGUCUUGCGAAAAAUUUGGGAAUGUCUCAGUGGACACUAAAUCAUCUUAUGAUCCAAACUGGGAUUUGGCGUUACUCAUCAAAUGGAAAGCACCAGAUUGUUCAAAAUGCGAAGCCGAGAGCAAAGCCUGCGGAUUGAACAACCACACUAGUGUCGGUGCUCCCACAAUUCAAUGCUUCGACUUUCCGCCUCAAGGUUCAUCUACCAAGCAAAUCGUGAUAGGUAUAACAAUCGGCAUCGUGCUUCUUGUAGUAGCAACAUUAAUGCUCAUCAAAGUUUAUCAUGUCUACGCUUCAAACAAAGUGGAAAAGCAGAAUCAAGCCAUGGUUGAGAAGUUUUUGGAUGACUACAAAGCUCUCAAGCCUUCAAGGUACUCAUAUGCUGAAAUUAAGAGGAUCACAAAUAAUUUCAAGGACAAAUUGGGUCAAGGAGGUUAUGGCAGUGUUUUCAAAGGCAAUCUCUCCAAUGACAUUCUAGUUGCAGUUAAGGUCCUGAACAACUCCAAGGGAAAUGGGGAGGAAUUCAUUAAUGAAGUGGGAACCAUUGGUAGGAUUCACCAUGUCAAUGUGGUCCGUCUAGUGGGCUUCUGUGCAGAUGGAUUCAGACGAGCUCUCGUUUAUGAGUUCUUGCCCAAUGAGUCACUAGAGAAAUUCAUCUUUUCAAGGGAUGCCAAGAAUCCUUCCCUUGGGUGGGAGAAGCUUCAUAUUAUUGCUGUCGGAAUUGCGAAGGGAAUCGACUAUCUUCAUCAAGGGUGUGAGCAACGUAUCCUCCAUUUCGAUAUUAAACCCCAUAAUAUCUUGUUAGAUCAUAGCCUCAACCCAAAGAUCUCUGAUUUUGGUUUGGCAAAAUUGUGCUCCAAGGAUGUAAGUGUUGUGUCCAUGACAGCUGCAAGAGGGACCAUGGGCUACAUUGCACCUGAAGUGUUUUCUAGGAACUUUGGGAAUGUCUCUUAUAAAUCGGAUGUCUAUAGUUUUGGAAUGUUGUUGCUUGAAAUGGUUGGAGGGAGAAAGAACAUUGAUCUUAGAGCAGAGAGGACCAGCCAAGUGUACUUCCCUGAAUGGAUUUACAAUCGACUCAUUCAAGGGGAAGAGUUGGAAAUCCGGGAAGAUGAAGAUGGAGAUUCUAAUUCUAGGAUAGUAAAGAAAUUAACUACUGUGGCACUUUGGUGCAUUCAAUGGUACCCAGCAGAUCGUCCUUCAAUGAAGGAUGUUGUUCAGAUGUUGGAGGGAGAUGCAGAAAGCUUGAGCAUGCCACCCAAUCCUUUUGCCUCUGCAACUUCAAUCAACACUAGUAUGUUGAAUACUAAGAAACCCUUACACCAAGGAGGAUUAACAGUUAUUGCUGAAUGAUGGUUUGGGAAUUAAGUUGCAACAGUGCUCAUCCUUGAUCCUUCAGUUUGACUAUAUUGUUUAUAGAAGGAACUCCUAGAAUAAUUUAAUGAAGUAUUUAGUUUUUGGAUAGAUAAAUAAUAUUAAAAAUUUUGAUGAAUUAUUGAUGCUGUCCUCUUUGUUUUAUUCUGUAGUAGACCCGCAUAUUGUUUUGCAUAUAUUUUUAAA